ACGAGAGUUGAGUUUGUUGACAUUCUUCCAGCACAUUCGGCUAAGGAAUAUCUCUGAAAAUCUGUAUCCAUCCUGAGAAGAACGUCUUCAUAACUUUCUAUAUCGAUUGCGAUGGAUUCUCGAGGGUCUCUAGCAUUUGAUGAAUAUGGACGGCCUUUCAUUAUCAUUCGUGAUCAAGAAGGAAAAUCCCGUCUAAGUGGCAUCGAAGCUCAUAAAUCCCAUAUAAUGGCCGCAAAAACAGUGGCAGGUGUAUUGAGAACAUCAUUGGGUCCAAAAGGUCUGGACAAGUUAAUGGUAUCACCUGACGGAGAUAUCACUAUCACAAAUGAUGGUGCCACAAUCUUGAAGCAGAUGGACGUAGAACAUCAGAUUGCAAAGUUGAUGGUACAGUUGUCCCAGUCACAAGAUGACGAGAUUGGAGAUGGUACAACUGGAGUUGUAGUUCUGGCUGGUGCUCUGAUGGAACAUGCUGAGAAGUUGUUGGACAGAGGUAUACACCCAAUUCGUAUCACAGAUGGUUAUGAGAUGGCUGCUAAAGUGGCUGUAGAACAUCUAGAUACUAUAGCUGAAAAUUACGUCAUCAAUCGUAAAGACACAGACACACUCACACAGUUAGCUAUGACAACAUUAGGUUCUAAAAUUAUCAACCGUUGUCACCGACAUAUGGCACAAAUUGCUGUAGAUGCAAUUAUGGCAGUUGCAGACUUUGACCGCCGUGAUGUUGACUUUGAACUCAUUAAAGUGGAAGGCAAAGUUGGAGGAAAGCUUGAGGACACUAUGUUGGUGAAGGGAGUUAUUGUAGACAAAGAUUUCAGUCACCCACAGAUGCCAAAGUCUGUGAAAGAUGCUAAGAUGGCCAUAUUAACAUGUCCGUUUGAGCCUCCGAAACCAAAAACCAAACACAACCUCGAGGUAAAAUCUGUAGAAGAUUACAAGAAGUUGCGAGAAUAUGAAUUGAAGAAGUUCGAAGAAAUGGUUCAACAGGUGAAGGACGCUGGGGCAAACCUUGUGAUAUGUCAGUGGGGAUUUGAUGAUGAAGCCAACCAUCUGUUGUUACAGAAGGAGUUGCCUGCAGUACGCUGGGUCGGUGGGCCAGAAAUAGAGUUGAUAGCUAUCGCCACUGGAGGUCGUAUAGUUCCGAGGUUUGAGGAACUGACUACUGAGAAACUGGGCAAGGCUGGUAUUGUGAAAGAACUCAGUUUUGGUACAACGAAGGACAGAAUGUUAGUCAUAGAGGAAUGUCAGAAUUCAAGGGCCGUAACCAUUUUCAUCCGUGGCGGUAAUAAAAUGAUUGUUGAAGAAGCAAAGAGAAGUAUACAUGAUGCGUUGUGUGUUAUACGUAACAUUGUUAAAGAUACUAGGAUAGUAUAUGGUGGAGGUGCACCAGAAAUCUCAUGUUCACUCGCAGUAGCAAAGGCAGCUGACAAGAUUUCCACAUUAGAACAGUAUGCAAUGAGAGCUUUCUCAGAGGCAUUAGAAAGUAUUCCUCUAGCACUAGCAGAGAACAGUGGUCUCUCACCUAUACAUACACUAGCUGAUGUCAAAUCUAGACAGACAAAGGAAAAUAAUCCAAGAUUAGGAAUCGACUGUCUCAAUAAGGGAACUAAUGAUAUGAAAGAACAGAAUGUACUGGAGACUUUAUCAUCAAAGAGAGCACAGAUCAUGUUAGCUGUUCAACUUACCAAGAUGAUUCUUAAAAUAGAUGAUAUUAGAGCUCCAUCAGAUCAGAUGAUGUGAAGAUCUGUGAGAUAAGUGGUGUGUGUGUUACUGUCCAACUAGGCUGUCCAGAUGAUACUGUGAUAUUCAACUUCAAGAACAAAAUCCAAUGUGCAUAAAAAGUCAUGUUACAUUGAUAAACUGAAAUACUCCAGACUCCACUCUGGUAAAAUUAUCCUGGUUUUUCAAAAAUAGGAGAUAAAGGUUUUGUUUGUUAUUAAAUGAAAUGUGACAGAAACUGAUGUCUAUAUAGAAUAUUGCCUUUGAUACAGUAUAGUGAUGAAUAUAGAUCUUGAAUCAAUUUUGUACAACUCUUUGACAGUUGUAUGAAUUCAGUUGUUGAGUAUGCCAGUAUGUUUUGAUGUUUUAAAUUGAUGUUGCACGUUUAACAGGUAUAACCAAAUUUUUAUCUGAACCAUUUAGUAGCAUAUAAUUUAAAUUUAGCAAACAAAAAAGUCUUGCUCAUCCACAAUUCCUGUUCCAUUAUAGCAUUUAGACAGAUCUAGAAGCACAAAUUCAAAUGAAAUGAUAAUGUUCAUUUAUUUAUUUAUUCAUAACUGGUGGUACAUUUCAAAUGUGUUCUUACAUAAAUGUUUAUUUACAUAAUCAUGUGCAUUGUAAGAUGGAAAAUGUGCUAUCAAUGCUUUUGAUAUUUUUUUUUUAUUAAAGUGUCGAUACAUA